CAUCCGGCCGUGCGCGCUGUGGCGGUUCGUCCCAGAAGUGGCGGCCCGGUUCUGGUUCUGUGGUGGCGAGUUUUUGAUCAGCUGGUGUCGCCAUGGAGGAAGUCACUCGCCUGGUGUCAACAGGGGACUGUCUCAAGAUUUGGGAUGGAGUUUCCAUGGCUGUGGUGGAGCAGUUUAACCCACACAGUGCCAGCCACACGGUGUCCCAGGCCUGCUGGAGCUCCAACAAUCAGUACGUGGUCAGUGCCAGCAGUGGAGGAGAUAAAGUGGUGGUCUCCAGCUUGAAGGCGUCCCCAGUUCCAGUGGUUGAACUGGCCCAGGGGUUAAAACAGACCAGAGUGAGUCUGAGCUCGUCGUCUCAGUAUCUUGUGAGUGGAGGUUUGGACCACAGCGUUCACAUCUGGGAUCUGAAGACAAAGAGACUCCACCGUUCACUCCAGGACCAUAGCGAUGAUGUCACUUGCGUCUCCUUCAACUCGACUGACAGCUCUGUGGCGUCCGGCUCGUCCAGCGGUGACAUCGUCCUCCACAGUUUGACCACCAACAUGUCCAGCAAACCCUUUGGCCUGGGCAGCCAGGAGCCAGUCCACGACUUGAGACUGUCCCCACUGAAGCGCUCCCUGCUGGCCAGCGUGUGUGACAGCGGUGCUGUGGUCCUGUGGGACGCCAACACUCAGAAGGAGCUUCACGCCUUCCACACAGCACACAAGGCCCCGGGCUCCGGUGUGGUCUUCUCCCCUGCCAGUGAGUUGUUGCUGGCCAGUGUUGGACUGGACAAAAAGAUCGUGUGCUACGACACUUCUAGUAAAAUACUCCUCCGAGCGAUCAGAGUGGACAGUCCACUGACGUCAGUCGACUUCACCUUGGAUGGAACAGGUCUGGUGGUGGGAUCCACGCAGGGCAAGAUUUAUCAGUACGACCUGAGGAACAGUAGCGCCCCCACCAAGGUCACACUGGCUCACAAGACUUCCGUCACCUCCCUCCGCUUUCAGAGCCAAGCAACCAGACGCAAAUCCGGUAAAGUCGGGCCCACGAAGAUGAGUGUCAAACGACCUGUCAAACUGUCCGGCAGCCUGCAGGACGUCGCCCCUGGCUCAGCCCUAACCCCGAGUAGCGAACAGAUGAGGAGCAUAACAGAGGCAGCUGCUGGCACUUGCAGUGAGGCUGCUGGCCUGCAGGGGGCUGAGCUCCCGUCUGUGGAGAGGUUCAACAACGUUGGAAAGAACAGUUUGGACUUUUUCUCACCUGCACGAGAAGAUGCAAGGAACUCCGCUCUGAUGUCUGAAACGUCGCUUGGACGGAAACCAGUGAGCAGCCUGGAGAUGCUGUCGAGAGAAGGAGAGGGACUACCUCUCACGGGCCGCUCCAGUCUGGACGUCUUCUCACCCGUCAGAGAUGAGUCUCAGUCGUUUGGGAGGGUUCCCCUCGCUGUCUCGGCGGGACGCUGCUACAGCCCGCUGUCAGUCCUCCACACGUCUCUCAUCAAAGAGGAGCAACCUGUCGUGGCAGCAGUGGAAGGAGGUGACGCCGGGCAGGUCCUCACCAGCACGUCAAGUCUGGAGGCCACUCCCCCGUCCACCCAGCAGAGCAGCCAGAACCAACCCGCCCCGCCUUUCUUCACCCCGGAGCCCAGCCUGCGCCGAGCCAACGGGAUCCAAGCUCAGCUGAGCUACGACUCACCGGCGACUCGAUCUCCACACCUGAACUCGUCCGCCCCUGGUCCGGUGAUGUCACAAUGCCCGGGUGCCACCUCAGUUCCGUCCUCAAGCUCAAGCUCGACUGCAGUUUCCACCUCCCUGUCCAACAACAUCGCAGAGGCCGGAGGUCAAGGAGCAGCCCCGCUGACAUCCCUGCAGAUUCCCUUCAUCCAGAACAUGAUCCAGGAGACUCUCGACGACCUGAGGGACUCGUGCCACAGAGACAUCAUCAACCUGCAGGUGGAGAUGAUUCGGCAGUUUUGCAUCCAGAUGGAGGAGAUUCACUCGAUGGUGCAGAAAUAUUCGGUCAACGACGCGCUGCUGGAAGAAAUAGAACGACUUCGCGAGGAAAACAGACGCUUGAGGGCAAACUACUGACAUCACCAGGACGAUCUCCCACCAUGCAUCCGUUUCCUUUAACUGUUUACAAAACUACUAUUUUAUGUGGAAUCCAACUGAAAUAAAUCUAAAGUUAAUAUUCUUUGAA